AUGCGUAGCGCCCAGGCUGUCCUCGUGUCCCUUGUGGGCUUUGCCGCCGCAGGCAACAUCUACUACCCGUCUGUUUCUGAGAACAGGCCGGCGUACCCUGACCCGAGCCCGUCGUACUAUGCUAUUGACCCUUCGCACAAGGAGUGGGAGCACAAGGACUACGAGGGCGAGAAGAAGGAUGGCGGCGAGAAGAAGGAGUAUGACGCCAAGGAGUGGGAGAACAAGGACAAGGACAAGGAGGAGCACAAGGAGUAUGACCCCAACGCCAACAAGGAGUGGGAGAACAAGGACGGCGAGAAGAAGGAGUACGAUCCCAAGGAGUGGGAGAACAAGGGCAAGGAGAACAAGGAGUAUGACCCCAAGGAGAAGGACGGCGAGCACAAGGAGUGGGAGAACAAGGACAAGGACGGCGAGCACAAGGAGUGGGAGAACAAGGACAAGGACGGCGAGCACAAGGAGUGGGAGAACAAGGAGAAGGACGGCGAGCACAAGGAGUGGGAGAACAAGGACAAGGACGGCGAGAAGAAGGAGUGGGACAACAAGGACGGCGACAACAACGACAAGUAUGAUGGCCACUGGGACGGCCACGAGCAGUGGGAGAACAAGUGGAACAAGACCAAGUCUGCCUACACCACCACCAAGAUUGUCUCCCAGUACACCACCUACUGCCCGGAGCCUACCACUCUCACCGUCAACAAGAAGACGUACACUGUCACAAAGGCCACCACCCUCACCAUCACCGACUGCCCCUGCACCGUCAUUGAGCCUUGCCCUACCGAGACCGUCAAGCCCCCUACCAAGUGGGACGGCAACAAGGACUGGGACAACAAGGAAUGGGACCCCAAGAAGCCCGAAGACCCCAAGAAGGGCGAGUGGGACAACAAGAAGCCCGAGGACCCCAAGCCCACCGAGGACUCCAAGAAGCCCGAGGACCCCAAGAAGCCCGAGUGGGACGGCAAGAAGCCCGAAGACCCCAAGAAGCCCGAGGACCCCAAGAAGCCCGAGGACCCCAAGCCUCACCCUCCCCCGGUCACCGUCAGCGGCGCGUCCACGAGCUUCGUGCACGUCGGGGCCGCUGUUUUCGGCGCGCUCCUCGUCGGCGUCAUGGCAUUGUAA